GGGAUUAUUCUCAUCUGAAUCCGAAAUUCUAAAAUCAAUUAACUCGUCAUCUGCUUCGUCAUGUUCACUUUCUGCGGGUCAACAACUUCGAAUUUCUGGCUCGUCUUCGUCUGGGUCAACUUCCGCAUCUGCAUUAAAUCCGUAUCCGAAUUCAUAUGUUAGUUAUUCGCAACAACAACAAUUCUUUGCUCAAUUACAAGCAUCCCAACAUCCCCAUGAUCUACAACCUACUCAAACUAAUAAUGCGCCCAAUAGCAAUACGAAAGUUAAAUUUCAAUUAUCGGAUUUUGCCAUCUGUCGUACGCUUGGUACAGGUUCUUUUGGUCGAGAUAAUGCAAAUUUAUAUAUGGUGAUGGAUUAUGUGGCUGGUGGUGAAUUAUUUAGCGUAUUAAGGAAAUCAAAGAGAUUCCCUGAUCAUGUUGCAAAAUUUUAUGCAGCCGAAGUCUUACUCGCAUUCGAGUAUCUACAUUCAAAGGAUAUAAUUUAUCGUGAUCUUAAACCAGAGAAUCUAUUGUUAGACAGAAAUGGACACAUAAAGAUUACAGAUUUCGGGUUUGCAAAACAUGUACCCGUUAGAACAUGGACACUUUGCGGUACUCCGGACUAUCUCGCCCCAGAAAUUAUAAAAUCUAAAGGUUAUGGGAAAGCAGUGGACUG